AUGGCACUACUUUUUAAGGAGAUGAACCACGUUGCAAAACCAUUUGCAUAUCUAGCUAGAUUUUCUGCAAGGAACCCAAUUCACGUUAUCUUAACAACCCUUAUAAUAUCAACGGCAGCAUAUUUGUCUGUAAUACAAUACUAUUUCAGUGGCUGGCAAUUAGAUUCUAAUAGUAUAUUCUCUUCUAAUACAAGAGACCAAGAACAAUUCUUCCAAGAGUGUACUCAUUAUGUUAAAGAACCUUCUUCAAGAGCUUGGGGUUUAGUAUCGAAUGGGGUCGCUAAGGAUACAUUUACUCGUCAACAUUAUUACCUAUUCGAUAUGAAUUUCCAAACGGAUAAUCAUUCAAUUCCUUUACCAGAAUUAGAAAACACAUAUUUCCAAAGGGGUAACGAGAAGUACGUCUUAAGCUCCCAACUGGAUCUUCCUACUAUUUUAGAAUCAUCAGACGGUACUCAAUGGAGAUUGAAAGCAAGUAAUAAUUAUCUUAUUGAAAUCCAAAGAUUUUUCGUCUUCUUAUACAAAAGCUGUACUACUCAUAUUCAUGAAUCUGACCCAUUCGAUCUCUUCAUUAUCGUUAUGGCAUAUGUAACAAUGAUGUAUACCCUAGUUGGUCUUUUUACAGACAUGAAAAAGAAAGGUUCUAAUGUAUGGUUAUCACUAGCUACCAUCUUCAACUCUAUAUUUGCUCUGUUUUUGGCAUUAUACACUACAGAAUGUAUUAUUGAGGCACCGGUUAAUAUCUUCAGUCUAGUAGAAGGUUUACCUUUUAUUUUCGUCAUCAUCGGUUUUAAAUACAAAGUGAAAAUGGCUGCUUAUGCCUUGAAUAAAGUUGAAAAAAUUGGUAUCUCCAAGAAAAUGACUACAGAUAAAAUAAUUUUUGACGCAGCAUCACACGUUGGAGGCCGUUUAAUGCAGGACCAUUUUUUAUGCGUCAUUGCAUUUGUUGGUUGUUCCAUUUAUGCAAGUCAUCUGGAAGCUUUGACUAAUUUCUGUAUUUUAUGUUCCUUUAUCCUAAGCUAUGAAUUGAUUUUAACAGGCACUUUCUUUGCUGCAAUUCUUUCUUUGAAGUUGGAAAUUUAUUUGAUUCAUAGAUCUACGAUCAUCAAACAAACAUUAGAAGAAGAUGGUGUUGUUCCUACAACUGCCGAUAUUAUAUCCAGUGCCGAAAGUAAAUCUGAAACUUCCAUCUUCCAGUCCAAUACAACUGUUGCAUUUGCUAAACUUGCCAUUAUCCUUCUUUUUGUCAUAAUCCAUUUCUAUAAUUUCGGAACAAAAUGGGCAUCUUAUACUUUUUCAUCGUUUUAUAUGAAUAAGGGACCUAAAUUAUUACCAGAUUUUAUUAAGAAUGCAAGAGCCUCGGAUAUGUUUAAUGAAGGUGACGUCGUCUCGAUUGCGCCAAUUCAGUAUUAUCAACCUUCAAAGUCGUAUCAUCAGGUGGAAGAUUUACUUCUUUCAGUGCUAAGUUAUAUUAGUGUCGCAAUUCGUGACAGAUUUGUUAGUAAAAUGGUAUUUUUCGCAUUAAUAUUUAGCGCUACGAUUAAUAUUUAUCUUUUGAAUGCAGCCAGAUUACAUACACUCUUCACGGCCAAUGAACUAUAUAAGAAGACAUCGAGUAUUACAAGUUUGAAUUUAACUUCAAAGGCAACUACCCCAUUAAAGAGCUUGUCGCCACUACCUGUACCAGUACCAAAAACUAUUUCUGAAAAAUUGACCGAAAGAAAGUCAUUUAAUACAAUUUCCAACGUUAGUACAUAUGUUAUUCCAGAAUGUUCAACAGACGGUGAGGAAAGUGACAGUUCUGAUAGUAGUGAUAUUCAACGUUCUAUUGAAGACUUAGAGAAAGAUUUGAAUGAUGGUAAAGUAAAGACCUUGAAGAAUAAAGAGAUUGCCGCAUUAGUUGUUAAUAGUAAAGUUCCAUUAUAUGCAUUAGAAAAACAAUUAGGAGAUACUACAAGAGCCGUCGCUGUUCGUCGUAAGGCAUUAUCUAUCCUUGCAGAUGCUCCUGUCUUAGAUAGCGAGAGAUUACCAUAUAAAAACUUCGACUAUGAUCGUGUUUUCGGUGCUUGUUGUGAAAAUGUUAUUGGGUAUAUGCCAUUGCCUGUUGGUGUUAUUGGUCCCCUAAUCAUUGACGGUGUUCCUUAUCAUAUACCUAUGGCUACCACUGAAGGUUGCUUAGUGGCAUCAGCUAUGCGUGGUUGUAAAGCCAUUAAUUCUGGUGGUGGUGCCACUACAGUCUUGACUAAAGACGGUAUGACAAGAGGUCCAGUGGUUCGUUUCCCAACUUUGAAAAGAUCUGGUGCUUGUAAAAUUUGGUUAGAUUCUGAAGAAGGUCAAGAAAAGAUUAAGAAGGCAUUUAAUUCCACUUCACGUUUUGCCCGUUUACAACAUAUUCAAACUGCAUUAGCUGGUGAUUUAUUAUUUAUUCGUUUCAGAACAACUACCGGCGAUGCCAUGGGUAUGAAUAUGAUCUCUAAAGGUGUUGAAUUUUCGUUGAAUCAAAUGGUUGAAGAAUUCGGCUGGGAUGAUAUGGAAAUCGUAUCAGUUUCAGGUAAUUAUUGUGUUGAUAAGAAACCAGCUGCAAUCAAUUGGAUUGAAGGUCGUGGUAAAAGUAUAGUUGCAGAAGCUACAAUCCCAAGAGAUGUUGUGAAGAAAGUUUUGAAAAGUGAAGUGUCUGCUUUAGUUGAAUUAAAUAUUGCAAAGAAUCUAAUUGGGUCCGCAAUGGCUGGUUCUGUUGGUGGAUUUAAUGCACAUGCUGCUAAUUUAGUCACUGCUGUAUUCUUAGCUUUAGGUCAAGAUCCUGCUCAAAAUGUUGAAAGUUCAAAUUGUAUCACUCUAAUGAAAGAAGUUGAUGGUGACCUAAGAAUAUCUGUCUCAAUGCCGUCUAUUGAAGUUGGCACGAUUGGUGGAGGUACAGUUUUAGAACCACAAGGUGCUAUGUUGGAUUUAUUAGGUGUUCGUGGACCACAUCCUACCUCUCCAGGUGAAAAUGCUCGGCAAUUGGCUAGGAUUGUUGCAUGUGCAGUAUUAGCGGGUGAAUUGUCAUUAUGUUCAGCACUUGCUGCGGGUCAUCUUGUUCAAAGUCAUAUGACACAUAACAGGGCAAAGAAACCUGAACCAGCUCCUCAUGUUAGUCAACCCAUUACAGCUGAGAAGCCUAAAUUGAGGAAAGAAGAUCUUGCUCGAUUAGAGGAAGGAUCUAAAAUUUGCAUAAAAUCAUGA